AUGCUAUCAGCUGGGGCCCAGCUGGAAGAGAAGCUUGUACAGAAACGCCUAAAUGAAAGGCGGCGUAGGGACCAGGAGAACGCGUACUUUGAGGAGCUUGCAGAGUUAAUUUCAGCAAGGAUCACGGACAUGAACUCCUUCUCAGUGAAACCGGAGAAGUGUGCAAUACUACAGGAGAGUCUGAACCAAAUCAAACAGAUCAAACACGAAGCAGGAUCAGAGGCAGUACAACAGAGUCAAGUGUCCUCCAGCAAGUCCACCGUUUUGGCAAACAAUGUGAUUGGGCCUCUUCUCUUGGAGGCCCUUGAUGGAUUCCUGUUUGUUGUAAACAGUCAAGGAAAAGUUGAAUUUGUGUCUGAAAAUGUGUCCAGUUAUCUUAAAUACGUAGAGGAUGACCUAGUUGGAAAAAGUGUUUAUAAUAUUAUACAUGUAGGGGAUCAUGCCAAAUUUAGUAGCAGCCUUCUUCCUAUGUCCUUGGGGAAAAUUCUGCCAGUCUCAUUAGCAAGUGUGAUCCCUUGGUCAACGGAGGCCGUUGCGGCCAAAGGUCGAACUUUCAAUUGUCGUAUGCUGAUUAAACCCCCAAGUGAAGAAAAUGAUGAUGUCGAGGUUAAACAAACAUAUGUGUCUCAAUAUGAGAAUAUGCAAAUUUCUGCCAUAUUGCAGCCCGGGGAAAAAUUUUCCGAUGCCUCGGAGAGCACAGAAGGCCAGUCUUGUCUAGUGUGUAUCGCACGACGACUUUCAUUAGCAGAGAAGACUAAUACAAUGCUGGGCAUUGAACAAUUUACUACGAAACAGGAUUUAAACGGAAAAAUUAUAGCACAUGAUACAAGUGGUAUAGCACCAGGACACUACACCUGCCCGAACUUCAUUGGACAGAACUUACAGGAUUUUUGUCACCUCAAUGAUGUACAGAUCCUAUCAAAACACAUACAGGAAGUGCUGAAAUCAAGAACCAACACAAGUAGUGUUUAUCGCUUUAAACUAGAAGGCAGUCGUUAUGUGUUUGUUCAGACUAAAAGCACGCUUUUCACCAAUCAGAACAAUGGUGACCCUGAUUUUGUUAUGUCGACUCACUCCAUCAUCCGUCAGUGUGAUUCGGAUAAUGAACUAAAGGGAUCGGCAUCGUCCAGUCUUAUGAAGUCUAUCAUUGGUCAGUCACCUCUGUUGACCGGCCAGCGAAAUCCAAAUAGCCCUGUGAAUCCGAACUUGUCCAUGAUGUUGGGCACACUGAACCCCUCGUUUAUGUCGCAGGGGAUGGGCUCCAGUGGAGUUAUUCCCCCUCAGGAAGAGGACAGUCUUGACCUAUUUACGUCUACCAAUAGUUGGGACACAUUUGCAUCUGAGAUUUCUGGGAUUAAUUCCGCAGUGGGAAAUAACGGCAAUGGAAACUUUGUCAUGUCGAGUGGAAACACGCGUACACCUGUGUCACCAAGUGUCAAUAUGAACUCAUGGAACAAUAACGUAGGAUCAAUGAAAUCAUCAGUCGUGGCACAACAGUUACAGCAGAGACCAAACAUGGCGCCCCUCCCACAGCAGGUCUCGAUGGCCGACAAACGACAGCUUCAAGCUGCUAUGAACUUCCAGAGAAGUAACUCUUUUGAAACAGCGGGACAGAAAAGUCCCGGUUUCUCUCCAAGCUCAAAUCAAAAGAAUAUGCCGUUUCCUAUGCCAAAUCAACGUAACAUUGGCAUGAUGGGAUAUUCAAAUCAACGUAGUCCUGGAAGUAGUUCAGGUUCUAUGAAUCGUAUGUCUCCUGCAGGAAGUGGAAAUAUUGGAGUGCCAUACCCACAUCAGCGGACCCCACCAAUAUCGUCAGGACCACCUCCAGUUUCUGGCAAUCAGGGCAUCCAAUCAUGGGUGAGAAUGCAUCCUCCACAAGUCACUAACAUUGGAGGUCUCACCUCCAGCCAAUCAGCUACCCCCUUACAGGCACUUCAGUCCAUGGACACACAACAAUCAAAUAUGAUUGGCUCAAACCAUGUUAGCCCCUCACCUCGUCUAUCGGGGAACGAAUUCAAUUUUCCUGGAACAGAUAACCAAACAUUGGAAAAGAGAGCUACCCCAUCGAAUACACGGUCGGGCAAACUAUGUAUGUUACUGACUCAAACGUCCUCGUGUUCAGACUAUGAUUUAUUCAGUCGAAGUUCUUCAGUAGAUAGUAAUGCCUCUGGCAUAAGGGACAAUAAAUUGUUAGACAGUUCUGUAGUUAAAUCUCCCGCAGAUAGUGUUAUUCAGAGUCCACAGCCUGGACCUGGCCAAAGUCCACCCGACAAACCACAGAGUACAACACAGAACGAUGAAGCUGACGGCAAAUCAAAGUCGAAGACUGACCAGAGUAACUUCAUCCUCAAACAGCUACUUAGUCAGGAGGAUGACGGAGAACAGGACACAGAAAGCAAGCCUUCCAAUGAGGCUGGGGCACAAGAAGGUGGGGAGAUGGAGAAGAAUGAGGCAGAGGCUAAAAAACCUACAAAUGUUUUACUCAAACAACUCCUUAGUACAGAAGAAAAUGCCCUUCUUCAAUCCAAGAAUGAACUGGCUAAAGGAAAGCAGCGAAAGCUCUCUGGUGAAUUACUACAGAUAUUACUGAACGAGGAUGAGGUGACUUGUAGUACGUCUGCACCAGCUGUAAGUGAGAGCACUAGUCAAGAAAACGACCUCACAUCACGUCAUCGUCACCAGUCAGGUCCACAGGAGCCCCAGUCGACGACCAUGACCCCGCUCACUCCUCUCACCCCUGUGACCCCCUUGACCCCAAUGACCCCACAACAUCCACUACCUCCGACAACCCCCACCCAGUCACAGGGAGGUGGGUCUGUACCCAACAGUAUCCCACCCACCCAAACACAACACGGGACCUCAUACUCACAAGCUCAAUCCAGCAUGGACCGCCCUACUACAAAGAUGGCUUCCAUAGGGGGCCAGGUGGGGGCUCCCAUGGGGCCAGAUAGCGCCAAAAAGAUCCCAAAUACCUCAGCUCUGUUAGGAGACAAAAACCUUGAUAAUCUACUCAACUAUUUCUGGGAGAAAGGAAAUGAGGAUAGUGGUAGUGUUACAAGCAAUAGUUUAGCCUCAAAGGCUCUGAAACGGAAGGCACCUCCCUCGGAUGGUGACGGCCCAGAUGGAUCUGAUUCUGAAAUGCUGACCAUUGGUCAGUCAACAAAUCCUUGUGAAAAUCCUCACAAUCGAUUACCGAAGAAUUUGUCCGAUAAAAUCAUGGUACUGAAACCUUCUGAUAAACAAAAUAUCUCAAAGAAAACAAAAGAGGAUGGAAAUAAUAAGGAGGUGAAGAUGGAAGCUUCCUCCUUUUCAACUAAUGGUACCAGUAAAUCAGAGGACUGUUUGAGUCGGUUAACUAACCCUGCCAUGGAGGUUAGUAUCAACUCCAAUAACUCCUUGGUGGCAUCGUCAAGUUUUAACUCAUUGCCAACACCAUCAUCCAACAAUACAAGUCAACAGCAGUACCAGGAACAGUAUGCCCAGCUUCAACAGUUACUGUCUGGGAGUAACCAAAGCAAUCAACAGCCCAGUAACAUGGAGAUAGACCAGGUGGAAAAUCCUGAUGCAUUACUGGACCAGAUUCUUCAGCAAGCUGCUGACUUACAACAAGAUAUGUCUCAGGGCAAUAUUCAGAGGUCUACUCCAAACUUUUCGGAUGAGUCAAUCAUAUCUCAAUUGGAGCAGGUCCUCAGUGAUUCUGGCUUCACUGAAUUUGACAGCAUGCUGGGACUCACUCAGGAUGUCGGGAAAGUCCGGACGGAUGCUAAUGAUGACAUAGCCAUUAAAGCUAUACAACAACAGUUGAUGAGUGAGGAACCCUCACAGGGGAACAAGAAGGCCCCACAGCCUCCUAUGAUGCCACAAACUCGUGUCACAUCUAGUAUGUCCCAGCCCCAAGGCUUCAACCCUGCGGCUUUAGGACAGCAACAGCAACAGCAGCUGGGACAGAUGUCCCCUGGUAUGGGGAUUAACAACCUUCGAUUCCAGCUCCAACAGAUGGCACCACGAGCCCAGCAACAGCAACAGCAGCAGCAGCAGCAACAACAGCAACAGCAACCCCCUGCACUGUCCCCACAGCAAGGUUUUAACCAGGCAGCACCUUCCAACUUCAGCGCCCAGGGGCCUAGGCUCCCUGGACCCCAAGUGCCCCUUGCCAGUGCCUUACCAGGAAAUCAACAACAGCAGCAGCAACAGCGACCAGUGUUCAACAUGAACCCUAGUUCAACAGCCAGCCAGGUACGACAAUCUCUUCUCCACCAACAGAAGCUCAAGCAGAUGCGGGAGAUUGAAAAGCGGAGAAUGGAGAGACAACGCCGCCUUCUUCAGAGUCAAUUGAGUCAGCAGUUUAAUCAGCACUUUCCUCCGGGAUUAGAGAAUCAAGUUAAUGCCUUUCCUGAAAAUCUGGGAGAUUUAAUGAACAGUGGCAGUGCCCCAAAUGUGACUAUCCAGAGGAAUCAGAUUCCUGGACCCAUGUCGCCCCAUUACAGUCCGGCAGGUCUACAACAGAUCCUGGGGCCAGGCACGCCCAAUAGUCAGAUGUCCCAACAGGGGCCACCAACCCCGCAACCCUCAACCCCUCAGUCGAUGAACCCUAUGAUGGGCCCUACACCACCGUCGUCUCAGAUGUCCCCCCACUACAAUCAGCCCCAGAACCAGUGGGGAGUGACGCGCACCCAACAGGCUGGCAGUAUGCAGAGUCCAAUGAGCAUACCCCAGGGCUCACAAUUCAACAUGAAUCGACAUCGUUCCAUGUCUGGAGGCUCCAUACCCAAUUCAAACCAUCAACAGAGUCGUUUCCAGUUUCCUGGGGAAGGUCAAUUUAGCGGAAAUCAGGGAGGCGCCAACUCUAUGGGAAUAUUUAAUCCACAGUCGCAGCAACAACAGAUGUUUGGUCAGAACCGAAUGAUGCAAAGACAGAUGAGUUUGCCUCCAGGUCGAGCGUCACCCCGCACACCUCACAGUCCCUUUGGGAGCAGUCCCGACCCUUUACUGAUGUCUCCCCAUGCUAUAUCUCCGAACACCUCACAUCGACAGCCAACCAAUCAGGUCAGCCCACCCUUCAACCAAUCGGUGUCCACAGCGAGUUUCAACUCACCCAUGUCAAAUUUCAAUCCAGCCGUAUCCAGCAUGUCACGGCUAGGUCAGGUGAACAACUCCCAGGGGGCAGCACAGGCAUCAACGUCCUUCGAUGACUUUGACGUGCAGUUUGGAGACCUAGAUACAAGUAAAAAGCUGGACCUUGGUUUGGGGAUGAGUGUCAACUCCACAUCACAAUAUGUAAAACAAGAGUUGCGAAAUAUAUGUGCUGCUCGAUCAGAAAAACAAAACCAACAACAACAGCAGCAGCAACAACAACAACAUUUACAGGCCAUGCAACAACAACAGCAACAACAACAGAUGGCACAUCAGCAGCAGCCAGAUAACUCUAGUUAUGAAUCCAGUGAAAUUCCCCUUGACAUAUUUGAGCAAAUUGAUGAGAUGGCAAAGGAACAUGGCGUAAAUCCUGGACAAAGUCGGGCAAGUCUUACCCUUGGUGAUUUCAAAGAGGAAGAUAUUGUCCAGAAGCAACGUCUGGAGGCCAAAGACCGUUAUCAACAGUUCCAGGCCCUCUCUAAACUGGAUAAGCCAGAACCAGCAGAAGUAGCUGACCCUGAGGUGAAGGCCACAUCUCUAUUUAGAGCCCAGCUGUUACAGCCUGGCCAACAACCUGGUACAGCAGGGAGGCAGCAAGGACUCGUGGACAGACUUAAGGUUCAGGUGGUCCAGAAAGAACCAAGGACAAACUGCGAGGACAUCAAGCCGGCAGAGCACAAGAACAGUCUUCUACAGCAACUUCUUUCCUCGGAAUGACGAAACGCCACAUUUAGAGUGUGAAAAAUUAUUAUUUUUAUGUUGAACUAUCGGUAAGGCUGGAUUAACACGGGUCAUAGACAGAUUCCACUUUGUGUGGUAAAUAUUCCACUCAGUGCUGGUAUCUACUCAUUGUGAGAUUUUCCUUGAACGGACCACCAAGGAUAA